GAUUCAACAGACGCCGCCUGCUCUCAUCCGAGAAAGUCUUCAGUGUGGACAAAACAACCAACCUGAGGCGCCGCUUCAGUUUCCUCGGCGAGGGGCACGCUCGGAUCGGUCCCCCACCGCCGCCGCCGCCGUCCGCCGCCGGCGCCCCGCUCGAAUCCGCGCGCCCGCCGCCCGGCGUAGCAGCCAAUGGCGACGGAGCUGCUCCCCGUGGUGGACCUACGGACGCUCUCGCUGUCCGACCUCGACGCGCUCGCCGCCGCCUCCGCGCACGCCCUCGCUCCGGGAAGCUGCCCCGACGCCGACCCGCUCCCGCCCCUCAAGAUCGACCGCGCCGCCUUCAACGAGAGCGCGGGCUCCAGGAAGCAGACCUUCUCCCGCCUCCGCCUCGGCACCGCCUCGUCCUCGUCGUCCACGUCCGCCCGCCCCGCCUCCACCCAGUCGCUCACCGCGCGCAGCGAUCCCGAUAGGUACCUCGUCGCCUGCCACCUCCGCCGCCUCUUCAUCCCCGACGACCCCUCGCUUCCGAUCCCUACCGACCCCCAAACCCUAGCCCUAACGGAGCCCCCCGACCCCGACCGGGAGACGACGAACGCGAGGGGGAUCUCCGUUGACCUGGUGAGGCUUGCGGGGAUGGCGGACCCGUACGACGCGGAGCUGCGGAGGCGGACGGCAGGGAUGGCUUCGGAGGCCGAGCUGCAGGGGUUCAUCGCUAGCGUGGCGGGGAAGUGGGUGAGCCCGAGGCAGCGCAGGAAGUAUGUGGAUGCAUCGUUUUUCGGGGAUCACCUCCCUCGCGAGUGGAGUCUGCAGCUCGGCCUCAAGCGGAAGGGGGGCGCCGUCUGGGUGCACUGCUUCAGCUACGUGAGCCCCAAAGGAAAUCAAUUUUCUACUUGCAAGGAAGUUUCCGCAUACCUUAUGUCACUUCUUGGGUAUCCAGAGGUCAAAUCAGUAACUAAUCAGUAUGAAAGCACAGGACAGCUUUAUUUAUGUGCCAACAAUGAUGCUGAUAAUGUUUUAGGUUCUCAAGAUCAAAUUGGUUCAGGUGUACUUUCAGUUGCUUCUCUUAAUUGCCAGAAAUGCAAUUUGACCUUCUGUGAUCGAACUGCAUAUGAACAGCACCAUUUUUCAUGUCAUGAAACGAGUGCUAAGAGACGCAGGACUGGUAAAUUUGGUGAGCCAGUAGUAGGCAAAGAUGGAAAACUCGAAUGUCCUAUUUGUCAAAAGACCUUUGAAGAGGAAUCACAGUACUUCGGCCACGUUGGAUCUCAUGCAAGGUAUCAAGGGCUGACUCCAGAAGCAUUCUUUCAUAAGGCUACUUCUGGAAGGGUAAUCAAUGGUUCCUUAGCAGAAGUUUCAUUUACCCUUCAGGAGUUGACCGAAUCACCUGGACAGAAUUACAAGGUUUCUGACAGUGAAGCUGGCUUUCAGUACCACAGUCAUUCAAAUGAACAUGGUGACAAUACCUCUACUGUUACUGAGCUAUUUAGAACAAACUGUUCAGACUAUUUCAUUGGGCCAAAUAAAGCUCAGAGUAGACCUGAAGAGAUUCAUCCCAUUAUAGUUGUUCCAAGUAUAUCUAGGUAUCCAAGUGAUACAGGUCAUGCUGAUGUAACAAUUCCAAAAAGAACUUCAAACGCUAGUCAUCAAUCUGUGAGCAACACUAAUAGCUUUGCUGGAGUAACUUUUUUUAAUGGUCAGCUGGGAAGUUACCAUGUUGCCAGACCUACUGCCUUUGGAACAGCUAAUGAUUAUCAGGACCGGAUUGUUGAUCAUGGCAUGGCUGCUCCAAAGUAUGCUGACAAUAACACUGUGAGAGCAAGAGAUGUCAACCUUAAUUCAUCUCUGGAUACGAUAUCUUUCCCCAUUGCUAGUGCAAAUAAUGAAACAUCAGCUCCUCUUAACGAAGAUAAUCGGUCAUCUAUUACUGCAAAAUGUUUUGGUGGCAGUUUUAAUAACAAUGAUGGUGCAUCUAGCACAUCUUCCUGUUCUGGAUCGACCAAUAAAAUAUCUAGUUAUAUUGGCACAGUGAACAAAACCUCUGUUGUUGCCUCCAGAAGCUUUGAUCCAAGUUACGGACCUUAUGGCCACGAUCACGGUGCUGUUAAAGCUAACCAUUUUGCCAAUAAGAACAAUACCACGGUGUAUCAGGCGAAUUUGGGCACAGAACCUGUCUACCCUGUGGCAACUAAGGCCGAUUGUUUGGCUUUGCGUCCAGUGCAAACAAAAAACAGUGGUAAAGAACUUACAUCCAAUACCAAGGAACAGAUGGAUAAUGUGAAGAACAGAACAAGUAAAGAAGCUCAUAAUAGAUGUACCUUAACCAGUGGUAUCACUGACGGGGGUUCUGCCCAAUUCAAUAACAGCUUUACUCACGUAAACCCCGAUUCUUCUAACCGUUCUUCACUACCAGAAUCAAACACUCUGGCAGCAGGUAACUUUAUCAAAGGAAGUGGAAGUGACGUCAACUGCAUGAAGGGCUCUUUGACGUCCAAUAACGAGAUGCAAAACCGUUAUAAUGAUUGUGUUUCUGGUUGUGACCCUCAUGCUGCAUCUAGAACUAGCCGGAAUGUCAAUGGUCUUAUGUCUACGCAGGCCAAUUUUACUGGCAUGUCCUCUGCGGUUCAAUCUGCUGGCGAUGUUCCAUUGACCAGCACAACCCAAGAUCAGUGUGAUUUGCAACUUGGAUUUGGUGCCAAGAAGCAGCGGAUAUUUUCUAGCCAUGGAGAGUUUAGAUCGGCUGCAACUGGAUCACAUCAGCUUGGAAGCAAUGCUAGGAAUAAUUCUCUACCCACUGGAUCUCCACAGUUUGGGAGCAUGGACGGACCUAAUCCCCACAGUUCUGGAACCCCUCAGUUUGGGGGCUUUGCCAGACCAAAUUCUGUGCCUGCUGCACCUUCUCAGUUAGGCGAAAUUGCUAGACCUAAUUAUUUACACUCUGCUGCAUCCUCUCAAUUUGCAAGCAUGGUUCAACCUAAUUCUAUAACUCCUGCAUCUUCUCAGUUUGGGAGGGAGGGUCGACCUGAAUCUGUACCUAAUGCUCAGUCCUCUCAGUUCAGGAGCAUGGCUGGACCUAAUUCUGUGCCUCCUGCUCAGUCCUCUCAGUUUGGGAGCAUGGCCAGACCUAAUUCUGUACCUUCUGAAUCUUCUCAUUUUUUUGGGAGUGUGGCUCGGCCUAAUUCUGCAGCUCCUGUUGAAUCCUCUCAGUUUGGGAACAUGUCCAGACCAAAUUCUGCACAUCCUGCUGUAUCGUCACAGUUUGCAAACAUGCCCAUUCAAAAUUUGGUGAGCACAUCGGAGCCAACUCUAGUGCUGGGGUAUGCACCACAGAUGGGAAGUGUCCCUCCACCUUCAGUCCAGUUAGGAUGGGAUUCAUCUUUGCCGAGGAUGGUUACUGGAGGCAUGGUCACAUGUGUAUGCAUAUGGUGCAACAGCCAGUUCCAUCAUUUUGGCCCAGUUGACGGACAGCAGGCUGGUUCUUUUGGCUUCAUUUGCCCUGCAUGCAAAGAUAGGAUGUCUGGUCGUCACAAUAUGCCCAACAAUGGUUCAUGGCAACCUUGAGGUGCAGCGGCUGUUUGUUGAUCUGUGUUGCUGAAUCAGAUAAUGUCUGUUGAGGAUUGAGCAUUAUCUCCACAAGUUGAAGUGGCCUGUCAAGGAUGGACUAUCGAGGAAUGAUGCCUGUAUCUACUGCAUCCUAGAUAAUACUGGGAGCUGUAAUUCAGAGAGCAAUGACUCUUGAGUAUGCAACUUGUCUGAUGGGUUCCAAGGACCAAUGAGGUUGUCGGCUUGUCACACAACUAAAGCUUCGAUGUAAAUAGGCCAAGCUGCCAUGUUUGUUCAUUGACCUAUCUCAGGUUUUGCCCUGAUUGAGCCCCUGAAAUCUAGCUGUGAUGGGAAUGCUCUGUGUUGUCGUACCAAUCUUCAAAUUGACUCCAGUCUUUUUUUUUAGUUAAAAAUUGACUCCAGUCAGUAGUGUGUUGGUGGGUUUGCGAAGUAUGUCCGAGCUCAGGUGGAUUAGGCGUCUAGCAUUUGUUGUUAUAGUAUCCCCUGAAUCCGGGAACCUUUUGUCUAUCCUGUAUCCUUGCUUGCUGAAGUUCUGUUUAGUAAUCAAGGUGAACUAGGUUUAAAUUGUAGUGCUUCGAAGGUUAAAAGCUCCUUCACAUGCUUCAACCUUAA